CCCGCCUUGCCGGGCGCCCCCUUGGUGGCGGUGCUAGCCCGCGCACGCGCCCUGCCACGCGCGGCCGGCUUUAUAGGGGCGGUAGGGGCGGUGGCCGCGGGCCCGCGGGAUGGCGUGGAGGGCGCUGGUGCUGCCGCUGGUGGUGCUGCUGGUGGUGCUGGUGGUGCUGCUGCUGCUGGUGCUGCCUCCGCCGGUGCUGGUGCUGCCGCCGCCGCCGGGGAACGCAUCGCCGCCCGCCUGCCCCCCGGACCGUUUCCAGUGCGCGCCCGGCGCCCGGUGCUUCCCCCGGGACUGGCUGUGCGACGGGCACCCCGACUGCGAGGAUGAGGGCGACGAGUGGGACUGCGCGACGGCCACGGCGGUGGAACCGAGCCCUGAGGGCGCCCGAGCGACACCCCCGUGGGGCUCGGCCGUGCCGCCCACCGGCAGUGCAGAGGCUUCAGCUGCGCCGGGGGACUCUGUGCCAGCCAGGAGCCAAGGCUGCCUGUGGAUCUUGGUUGUUGCAGUGCUCCUCAGCAUCCUGGUCGCUGCAGGUUCUAUCGCUGUCUGGGGCUUCUCCAAAGCAAAAACCAGACCCGACGUCUUCAGGCUUGAAAAAACAUCCAGGGAGCAGCUGGUGCCUGACAAGAGCCAGACAGGCUCAUUUCCCCAAGGGGAUCCUUACGACGAGGUGGGAAGAUGGGGUUAGCCUGGUCUCCCUCCUGCUCACCACAGAAGCUGACUGAAUUGGACAUAAGCUCUCAAGUCUGGGUCGUUACACUGGAAUAGCAAGAGGAUACUCCCCUUGGAAACUGGUCUUAGAUUGGGGGACUGCUUGGGCUCUGACCUUCCCCGGUGCUGGGAAGUCAUCUCUCAGAAAGGUGGCAGAAAUUUCUUCCUUGUUCUUGCCUCCAAAGGCUGUUAAUGCUGAUUAUCACCAGUGUGGCCUUGGAUGCAAAGCUUUUAUUCUCCAUGAAAUGACAGGUGCGAUUGUUUCCUCCCACUUCCAGCCAAGAGACUUUUUUUCACCUGCUCCAUUCUCCCCCCUGGAUUUUGUCAGGGAAUAGGCACUUCCUUAUCCAUUUCAGCAGGAGCUCAGUGACUCCACAUGGACACAUACUCCAUGUUUGCGCUGGUGUUUUGGUGCCGCUCAGUCCCAUGUGCUGAAAAGCAUCCUGCCUGCUCUGGCUUUGCACCGCUGCCCCGAGCCAGCUGCUCAGCACGCUGCCUCCCACCAGCAUCUCCAUCCUCUGCAGAAGGUCUCCAUCCUCUGCAGAAGGUCUCCAUCCUCUGCAGAAGGUCUCCAUCCUCUGCAGAAGGUCUCCAUCCUCUGCAGAAGGUCUCCAUCCUCUGCAGAAGGUCUCCAUCCUCUGCAGAAGGUCUCCAUCCUCUGCAGAAGGUCUCCAUCCUCUGCAGAACGGCACUUUCCAUCCCAGUGCUGAACUCCUAAACUGCUCUGGGGUGUUCAACCUGGAGAAAAGGAGGGUGAGCAGAGACCUCCUUGCUCUCUGCAACCCCCUGACAAGGGGCUGUAGCGAGGUGGGGGCUGGUCUCUUCUCCCAGGUAACAAGCGACAGAACAAGAGGAAAGGGCCUCAAAUUUCACCGGGGGAAUUUAUAUGGGUUAGUAGGAAAAAAUUCUUCACCAAAAGGGUUACUAAGCAUUGGAACAGGCUGCCCAGGGAGGUGGUGGAGUCACCAUCCCUGGAGGUAUUUAAAAUAUGUAGAGACACGGCCCUUGGGGGACAUGGUUCAGUGGUGGCCUGGCAGUGCUGGGUUAAUGGUUGGACUUGAUGAUCUUAAAGGUCUUUUCCAACCUAAACAAUUCCAUGUUGCUUCUCUUAACGCUGUUAGUGGUGCCUUCCUUAAAACUGUUGCGACAUGAGCGGUGUCCUUCAAGGGUCUGUACUGGGGCCAAUGCUACUUAAUAUCUUCCCCAGUGGUGUGUGGAGUGGGAUUGAGUGUGCCCCUAGCAAGUCUGUGGGUAACACCAGGUCUGAGUGACCAGUUGAUCCCCCUGAGGGAGGGGAUGCCAACUGGAGGGGGGGAGCCAUGGGAACUCCAUGAAGUUCAAUAAGGUCAAGUGCAAGGUCCUGCCUCUUGGUCAGGGUGAUCCCUGGAGAAGAUCCUGAUCUUCUUGGAGAAGAGAAGGCUCUGGGGAGACCUCGCUGAGCCUUUUUGAUAUAUAAAGUCGGCUUGUAAGAGAGAUGGAGAGAGGCUUUUUACCAAGCCCUGUAGCAACAGGAUGAGUGGCAACAAUUAUAAACUGAAAGAGCGUAGAUUUGGAUUGGACAUAAGGAAGAAAUGUUUUACCAUGAGGAUGCCCGGAGCAGCUUGGAUGCCCCGUCCCUGGAAGUGUUCAAGGCCAGGUUGGAGCAACCUGGGCUGGUGGAAGGUGUCCCUGCCCACAGCAGAGGGGCUGGAGCUCGAUUUUUAAAGGUCCCUUCCAACCCAAACCGUUCUGUGUUUCUAUGAGUUUUUGAGUGUUCAGCCUUUUUUUUUUUUUUUUUUUUUUUUGGGUGGUGGUUUUUUUUGGCAGCUUGAAAUAACUCAUGUCUUGGAUGAAAUGCUGUCUGUGCAUUGUGGCAUGGGUAGUGCUUUCUAAACUGCGCAGUGCUGUAUACACUUCAGAAGAUUGCUGACAAGUGCCUCCAGUGCUGACCACGUACUUCUUGCACGAGUGUUCACUAAGUGCACAAAAGCUGGACAAAAAAGCUGGACAACUGCUGCCUUGGCUGCUGAUCUCUGUGCCUUGAAGGGGAGAACUUGCCAAGCAGACACCGGUCAUCAGCCUUAGAGCAGGAGCCUUCCACUCCUGGGUAGUGCGUGUGCGCUGCUGUAUCCCCCAGGAAAAACCUGUAUGUUAUGGUGUGGAGUCCCGAGUUAUUCUGGUGCUGCUAGUUUUAGUACCGAGAGGUCAUUUGCAAGAGGCUGCACACAACCUUGCUCCUCUUUCCGUAGGGACAAUUGGAGGAAGCUGUUGGUGAGCACCACAGGAGAAUAAAGAACUUGAAACGAAGAA